AUGCACAGGCGCCAUCAUGCUCAGCGACAGCACAUCAUCCAUUCCCUUGAUACCACUCUGUACCAGCUUCACACCCUCUCCUUCUUCUUGUCGCCGUCGUUAUGGAGUUAUCUGUGCCGCAUCUUUGCCCAGUUUCAAUGCUCAAAGCCGAGGGACCUCGACGCAACCCGAUCGUUGCGUUUCUUCUUUGUCAUUGUCUUCACGCUCAACCUACCAAGCUUGUGGCUUCAUGCGCUCCAUCGCCCAGGAGAAGGCAGAUCAAUUAUUCUUGACUUCAUUGGAAUGUCGUAUACGCCGUCGAAACUCUCUCUGUUUUCCCUUGACACACUCAUUCUCUUCUUGCAAUGGGUCCUUGUCACGAUCGCGUACGAGGCGUCGAUUUCUCGGCAAAUCACAGAGGCCGAGCAAGACAUGCUCCUCCCAUUUCCCGCAUCACCUCUACCAUCAGCUCUCCCAUCGCCCAUUACCUCUACACCGUCAUCACCCAUUUCUGGCAGAUUGCCUGAUCAUACGAAAACGAUAUAUCCCCCAAACACUCCACCAGACGUCAUUGACCUCCGCCUUCAUGUUAUCAUAGCACGUCUGCGCAACCCCGUCCCACCUCCCCCUCGUGCGUCCGACUCUCAUGCAGGGGUGCUCCCGCUUCCAAACACGACCCCGUGGCCGCUUCCAGCUGGUAUGCGAUUAUUGAUGCGUGCUGGAAGGAAUCUUCGGAGAGAAACUGGGACCGGGAGUAGAGCUGUGCCGACGGGGCAGCCGGAGGUUACAGCUGGGAACCGGGAUGGCACAACGAUGCCUGGAGCCAUGGAUUCAUAG